GCCAGGGGUGGGCAAACUACGGCCUGCUGGCCACAUCUGGCCCAUCAGACCAUUUAAUCUGCCCCUCAGCUCCCCUCGGGGAGUGGGGUCGGGGGUUUGCCCCACUCCGCGCAGCUCCCAGGAAGCAACUGGCAUGACCCGCCUCCGGCUCCUAGUACUCGGAGGCGUGGCCGGGGGGAGCUGCAGGGGUGAUGCCUGCAGACGAGGCAGUGUGAAGAGCCACCUGGCUCCGCCUCGGAGCUGGAGGGGGGACAUGCUUCCAGGAGCUGCUCGCGGUAAGCCCCCAGAGCCUGCACCCCUGAGCCUCUCCCCGCCCGUGCCCCAAUCCCCUGCCACAGCCCUGAUCCCCCUCCCACCCUCCAAACCCCUCGAUCCCAGCUCAGAGUCCCCUCUUGUACCCCAAGCCUCUCAUCCCCAGCCCAACUUCCGCAUCCUGAACUCCUCACUUCUGGCCCCACCGGAGAGCCCGCACCCCCUCCCGCACUCCUACCCCCAAUUUCAUGAGCAUUCAUGGACCCCCAUACAAUUUCCUUACCCCAAUGUGGCCCUCAGGCCCAAAAGUUUGCCCACCCCGGUCCAAGCCCUCUGUUCCCCAUUGCUGCACAUAUACAGCAUUGAGAGGAAGGUGGAUGAUCCUCUUCGUCACAUUUCAGACUUUGUAAAACUAGGCAAAUAUCUAGAUGAGUUGAUGUACCCUUGGAAGACCUCUGUGUACCCCAGGGGUAAGUGUACACCUGGUUGAGAAUCACUGAUCUAGUCUGAGCUCUUAAAGUAGCCAAAACGUUUCCAAAUGUAACCAUACCCAGUGAAUCCUUCCAUGGGUGUUCAGCUAGAAGAGGUUGUGGGUCCAGAGCAGUGGACUGGGUGGCAGUGUGGGUCAGUGCUCUGCCUCCCUUUGAAGCUGACUUUGUGGAAACUUGUGCAAAAAUCACUCUCUAUGCGGGCUGCCUCCACAUCCGCAAAAUGGGUUAUACAUUUGCAGAGCUUUGCAGCACUGAUUACAAUUAUGUAGUUUGCCCCAUUAAGUUCAACAACUAUGGUGCAUGCCCUGUUUAUAUUUUUUGGUUAAACUCAUCAUAAUGCAAAACUCUGGGGGCAAAUAAAGGGCUAUUUCCAUGCCAAGUUUUCCUUUGCAACGCUCCCCGUUCAGGACCGGCUCUAGGCACCAGCAAAGCAAGCAUGUGCUUGGGGCGGCCCAAUUCCAAGGGAGGCAUUCUGGCCAUCCAUUUUUUUUUUGUCUCGGGCAGUUGCGCUCUAGGAGCUUGGGGGUGCAAAAAAACCUCGUGCCGGUCCUGCCCCUGUUGUAACCGUUGUUUUGCUUGCAGUGUUCACAAGGUUACAUGUAUUAAUGGACACAUUGUCUUUCCUUGCUCCACACACUCGACCAGCGAACAGGAGCCCUUCAGAGGGGGGACUGCAGGUUCUGUGCUGUAGGGUCUGCAGCCACAGGAAGAAGUCGGGCUAGGACCACCCCCAUGGCGCUCCGUGCCUCUGCUCCCAGCUGCCCCCGAGCUAAGCUGUUCCCUGGCCCACAGGCUGCCCAGCCCUGGCCGCCUCUCGCACGGGGCUGCGCUCGGCCAGAGGAUGAGUGUGCGUCAUGCUCACGUAACCCACAGCCCCGCCCCCAUCGCGGUCUGGGGAGAGUCUCCCCCAGCGCCCCCGCCCUCGCGUUGGGUGAGGGGUUUGGCAGCGCGACCAUUUCUUGCUGAGCCCGGCCCCCGGUGGGGAACGGGGCAGAGACCCCACCCGCCCCUUCCGCGUCACUAGCAAAGGCUGAGGCACGUCCCCUGGCAUCAGCAGAGCGGAAAGAACUGUGCUCAGCUGGCUUCGGUCACCGUCUCAGUCAGCCCCGCCAGCAUGGACGGGGCAAGGGCGCGCGGCUGUGAGAAGAGCGGCUCACGGGCGCCCGCCACCGGCCAUUGGUAACGAAGCGGCCGCGUGCACCCAGCGGGCGCGGCCCGGAGAGGUGUCUGGGUUUACAGCUGUAACAUGGCUAUCACGAUGAAAGAAUGUCUUGAACUUCAGCUGUUGGAAAUGGAAAUGCUCUUUUCAAUGUUUCCUAAUAAAGGAGAAAUAAGCCUUCAGGACAAAAAUGCUCUUACUUAUGUGCAGAUGUAUUUGAAAAAUAUAAAAGAAGGACUGCCACCGCGGAUUGAAUAUUCAAUUUCUGUUGAUAUUGAUGAACCAAAGGUAAAAGUAGACUUGCAUGUAUCCUUGCCUCACAGCUACCCUCAUUCAGCACCGCAACUAUUUGCAAGAUCAGAGGCACUAAACAGACAGAAUCAACUGCAGCUCAAUAAACAUCUCACUUCUCACAUCAGUUCUUUGGAUUCAGGUGAACUGUGUGUAUGUGCGGCUGUGCAGUGGGUACGAGACAACAGUGCAUCUUAUUUCCAAAACAGCGAUGUCUCUUCUGAAACUUCUCCAAAAGAAAAGGCAGUAAAAAUAAUUUUUCAUCGAAUGUGGAUCUAUAGCCAUCAUAUAUAUAGACAGGAACUGAAAAAGAAAAUCUUUGAUUGCGCGAAGCAAUUAAAUUUGACUGGUUUCUGCCUAACAGGGAAACCUGGUAUCAUCUGUGUGGAGGGGCUCAAAGAAAACGCUGAGGAGUUCUGGCAUGUUAUUAGAUAUCCUAACUGGAAACACAUUUCCUGCAAACAUGUUGAGAGUAUGGAAACGGAAGGAAAUGAGGAGAAGCUUCAUCUCUUUCAUACUUUUGAAGAUUUACAGUUCCAGGCACAUGGUGAUUAUGGACUGAGGAAUGACUAUCACAUGGAUCUUGGCCAAUUCUUAGAAUUCCUUAAACAGCAUCAAAGUGAACAUAUUUUUCAAUUAUUAUUUGGUGUUGAAGGCAAACAGUCAGACAAUUAACAAUCAAUUGUAUAGAUAGUUUUAAUUUUGCACAUUACAAAUGAUUUUUUUAAGUUCAUUCAUGGAUAUACUAUAAUUAAAAGCUGAGUGAAAUUGGUAUACUGUGCUUAUAGCUAUUAUAAGAAUGGAAACUAUGUAAAGUAAAAUCAUGGUGCAAGGAUAAACCCUUUUGCUUUUGUUUUAAAUACAUCAUAAGUAAGACCCUUUGUUUUCAGUUUAAACCAAUUUUUACUGAAAAAAUCAUGGGUUUUCAAAAGUAUCAGUUUUUUUUCUGAUUUUUGACCUACUUUUGUAUCAUUCAAAUGUAUAAAAAAUAACUUGUUGUAUUAGGAAAAUACAUAUAUCUCAUGCAAUGUAUUGUAUUACAAUAAUACAUUAGUCUGUGUGUAUAUGCAAAGCUGCCGGUUGAAGUAAGGCAAUGUAUUAGUGUGGAAGAUAUACACACAAUAAACAAAUAGGCAUGCAUGCAAGCUCUGAA